AUGGUCUACUCUUCCGAUGGCUUCUCCUGGACACCUUCCACUGGUCGCCAGGAAGGCCUUCCAACAAUUGGCGUUGUUAAACCCUCGUCACGCUCUGUUCAACCGGAAGACGACAUCCAUGAUGUGAUCGUCAUUGGAGCUGGAUAUGCUGGUCUGGUCGCCUCUCGAGACCUGGCCACCCAAGGAAAGACGACACUCCUCCUGGAAGCCCGAGACAGACUCGGAGGCCGCACAUGGCACGCAACCAUUGAUGGCUUCAAUUACGAGAUGGGUGGAACUUGGAUUCAUUGGCACAUGCCCCAUAUCUACCACGAGGUCUCCUUGUACGGCCUGCACAACGACUGGAUCGUCACGCAAAACCCCGGUGGAAAGGAAGACUACUUCACUGCCAUCACGGAAAGUGAGCAGCGUAAUAUCUCACACAAAGAAGAGGCCGAAAUCUGCGGCAGAGUCUUCCGCAUCUUCUGCAAUGUCGACGGCAACGAUCUCCGACAGACAUGGAAAUACGCGUUCAGCACUAACCAGUCGCCUGAGCUCAUUUCCAAAUGGGACAAGCUCUCAUGCCAGGACCGCCUCGACCAGAUCCGUGACCAGCUAUCAGCCGAGGAGGCGAGCCUGUUGCAGGCCCAAAUAAUGCAGAUGGGCGGCAAUACCCUGGACAAAAUAGGUCUCGUUGGCGUGCUCCGCUGGUGGUCGCUGGGCAGCCACACCCCAACUGGCCUAAAUGACAUCGGCCUCCACACACGACUGCGAAGUGGAAACAGCGAGCUGCACCGCCGCAUCUUCGAGCACGCCCUAUCUACCAACAACCUGUCCUACAGAUUCAGUGCCCCCGUUCAGCAGAUUGAGGACGCUGAAGACAUUGUCACUGUGACAACCAGAGAUGGUAAGACUUACAAGGCCAGGUCCGUCAUCUGCACGGUGCCGCUCAACGUUCUGGCCUCGGUCAAGUUCAGUCCCCAGCUCCCUGCGGACAAGGUCGCGGCUUUGCAGCAGCAGUCGGUCAACAGAUGCAACAAGGUCCACAUCGAUAUAAACGGACCCGACUACCUGUCAUGGGGCUCCAUGGCCACCCCCGGAAAGGGACUGAUCUCAGCGUUUGGAGAUCAUCUCACUCCUGCAAACGACACUCAUCUGGUAUGCUUUGGUCCUGACCCAGAAUGUUCUGCGGGAAUUUCACUCGACAAUCUCGAUGCUGUGAAGGAUGCUGUGGUCCACCUCCUGCCCGAGAAUAAGCAAGGCGAGGCUGUCAUUAACCGUAUUGUGUCUCAUGAUUGGAACAAUGACGAGUUUGCAAAUGGUACAUGGUCUUUCCCUCCACCGAACGCGACUGCAAAGAAUCUCUCUGUCCUGCAAAGGCCACAUGGCAACGUCUUCUUCGCUAGCGCGGACUGGUCGGAUGGCUGGUGUGGUUGGAUUGAUGGCGCUGUGCAGAGCGGUAUGCAGACGGCGCACCAGGUCAUUCUGGAGCAACGGAAGACUGCGGUUGUCAAAAAGAAGGUUCUGCCAAAGGGUCUCUCUAUUGAUCUUUCAAUUGACCUCUCCAAAGGGAUUGUACGAUGUGUUAUCUAA